CGAGAUAUGGCAAUGGUAGUUAGCAGCUGGCGAGAUGCGCAAGAGGACGUGGCCGGGGGCGGCCCCGCCGGAGCAGCUCAGCCGGGCCGGGACCCGCAGCAGGGGGCCUCGGCUGCCCCGCACACGCCGCAGACGCCCAGCCAGCCGGGCGCCCCGUCCACGCCGGGCGACAAGGGCCAGCAGCAGCAGCAACAGGGCGGCGGGCAGCAGCAGCAGCAGCAGCAACAGCACAUCGAGUGCGUGGUGUGCGGGGACAAGUCCAGCGGGAAGCACUACGGCCAGUUCACCUGCGAGGGCUGCAAAAGUUUCUUCAAGCGCAGCGUCCGACGGAACUUAACGUACACUUGCCGGGCCAACCGGAACUGCCCCAUCGACCAGCACCACCGCAACCAGUGCCAGUACUGCCGCCUCAAGAAGUGCCUCAAAGUGGGCAUGAGGCGGGAAGCGGUUCAGCGAGGCAGGAUGCCGCCGAGCCAGCCGAACCCGGGCCAGUACGCGCUGACCAACGGCGACCCGCUGAACGGGCACUGCUACCUGUCGGGCUACAUCUCGCUGCUGCUGCGGGCCGAGCCCUACCCGACGUCGCGCUACGGCAGCCAGUGCAUGCAGCCCAACAACAUCAUGGGCAUCGAGAAUAUCUGCGAGCUGGCGGCGCGGCUGCUCUUCAGCGCCGUCGAGUGGGCCCGCAACAUCCCCUUCUUCCCGGACCUGCAGAUCACCGACCAGGUGGCCCUGCUGCGCCUCACCUGGAGCGAGCUCUUCGUCCUCAACGCCGCCCAGUGCUCCAUGCCGCUGCACGUGGCCCCGCUUCUGGCCGCCGCCGGCCUCCACGCCUCACCCAUGUCCGCCGACCGCGUGGUGGCUUUCAUGGACCACAUCCGCAUCUUCCAGGAGCAAGUGGAGAAGCUCAAGGCCCUCCACGUCGACUCGGCCGAGUACAGCUGCCUCAAAGCCAUCGUCCUCUUCACGUCAGAUGCCUGUGGCCUGUCGGACGCGGCGCACAUCGAGAGCCUGCAGGAGAAGUCUCAGUGCGCCCUGGAGGAGUACGUGCGGAGCCAGUACCCCAACCAGCCCAGCCGCUUCGGCAAGCUGCUCCUCCGGCUGCCUUCGCUGCGCACCGUCUCGUCGUCGGUCAUCGAGCAGCUCUUCUUCGUCCGCUUGGUAGGUAAAACCCCCAUCGAGACGCUCAUCCGAGACAUGCUGCUCUCCGGCAGCAGCUUCAACUGGCCUUACAUGUCCAUCCAGUGCUCGUAGAGCUUCUGGCCGCCGCCCCCGGCCCAGAGACCCCGCCGACGCCGCCGACGCCGCCGAUGCCGGAGGGGGGCCGGCCCGCCGCCCGGGGUGUGGGAGGUUCCGAGGACAGCACGGACGGCCCCCUCGGCUCGGACCCUGGGAAAGCCUGCGGGGGGAAAAAAGACAUAACCAGAAAGGACGCGCCGUGUUUGUGGAACAAACAGCACGCAGAUGGGAGCAUUAAAAAAUAAUAAGAAGAAAGGACCGAAGGGAUUUUAACCUAAACCCCACGAGGAGACUAGAACGGAUCUUCUUGGAUUUAUGGCGGACUGAGAUGGAUUUCGUCUGUACAGCAAACAAACAAACAAACAAACAACGCAGUUUAAAAAAAACAAAAGCAGAAACCCAAGGCGAAUUGACUGGUGUAGAACAGAGAAGGGGGGCACAGGCAAACGCUGACCACGAACAUUGUUCUUGAUUUUGUAAGAUAUUAGUCUUUAUUUUCACUUUUUUUGUAAAAUUUAAAACAUCGUAUGCGCAUAAAGGAAAAAACACAAGAAACAAACAAGGAUUAGGAGGGGCGGGAAAUAACAUUUUCCAAAUAAUUAUUAAAAAACAAACAAGGAAUUGUUCUGUGUGUAUGUAUCUAUAUCUGUUUUGUAUUUUUUUUCUGGUUCCAAACCAGGUUUCCUGUGAUUCUAUACUAAUAAUUUUUGAUAUAACCCUUUGCUUCUUAUGAGUGCGAUAUAUGUUGUCGAAGCUGUUCUUCAAGAAUUAAAAUUGAAGUGAGAAUUUAAA